UAUAAGGUUAAGGUAGGUGUGUAAAUUAUCCCUUGAGAGCGUUUGUUCCUAAAAUACUUCAGCGUUGUAGUUGUCAAGUUUAUGGGCAUGUUUGCAGCAGUAUGUACACGGGGAAGAGUCCAAGAUGUGAGCAUGAUACGAAGGAAUGUGUAGUUUCGGUGGAGAAAGUUGUGUGUUAGUUGUGGGGGUGCCCAUGGGGCUGGAGAUCAGAGGUGUCCGUUGAGAGAAGUCGUGUUGAGGUUGCUAGGGUCAGGUAGUACAGGAUGUGUCGUAUGCUGAAGCAGUGUAGAGAGAGGUAGAGGAAGAUGGGUACAGGGUGAGGAUUAAUGUGAGUAGGCAGAGACUAAUAGAGAGAGUGACCGGAAGAAGAAGCGGUGUGGCAAAUAUCAAAUCGUUGCGCUUUGCCUUGUUGGCCACCAAGCGUCAUGAUGAGUUUAAAGCGAAAGGGAAACACAAGGUUGAGCCACACACAGCCGAGCAGAGAGAGAGAAGAGAGACGUUCCUGCGAAGGAGUUUCUAAACCGCUUGGACAGACGAGCCCCUAGGUAACCAUGGCAAUGAUGGGCCAGAGUUCCUGCUCCUCGAUGAGUAACCACACCAAGGAGCGCGUGACCAUGGCCAAAGUAACCCUGGAGAACUUCUACAGCAACCUUAUUGCCCAACAUGAGGAGAGAGAGAUGAGGCAGCAAAAGUUGGAAAAGGUGAUGGACCAAGAGGGCUUGGUUGAUGAAGAGAAGUGUAUCCGGCGUUCUCAGCACGCCAGGAAAGAGACCGACUUCCUGCGUCUCAAACGAACCCGCCUGGGCCUGGAGGACUUUGAGUCCCUUAAGGUGAUUGGCCGAGGAGCUUUUGGAGAGGUGCGUCUGGUGCAGAAAAAGGACACAGGCCAUGUGUAUGCUAUGAAGAUCCUCCGUAAGGCUGACAUGCUGGAGAAGGAACAGGUGGGUCACAUCCGUGCCGAGCGAGACAUUCUGGUGGAGGCAGACAGCCUGUGGGUGGUCAAGAUGUUCUACAGCUUCCAGGACAAGAUGAACCUCUACCUCAUCAUGGAGUUCCUGCCUGGCGGUGACAUGAUGACCCUGCUCAUGAAGAAGGAUACUCUGACUGAGGAGUCCACUCAGUUCUACAUCGCUGAGACAGUGAUAGCCAUCGACUCCAUCCACCAACUAGGCUUCAUCCACAGAGACAUCAAACCUGACAACCUGCUACUAGACUCCAGGGGCCAUGUGAAGCUGUCUGACUUUGGUUUAUGCACGGGUCUGAAGAGGGCACAUCGCACGGAGUUCUACAAGAACCUCAACCACAGCCUCCCCAGUGACUUCAGUAAGCAAACAUUCAAUAACAUGAACUCAAAGAGGAAAGCAGAGACAUGGAAGAGGAACAGGAGACAGCUGGCCUUCUCUACUGUGGGCACCCCUGACUACAUCGCCCCAGAAGUCUUCAUGCAGAACGGAUACAACAAGCUCUGUGAUUGGUGGAGCCUGGGAGUCAUCAUGUAUGAGAUGCUGAUAGGCUAUCCCCCGUUCUGCUCGGAGACCCCCCAGGAAACCUACAGGAAGGUGAUGAACUGGCGGGAAACGCUGACUUUUCCCCCGGAAGUGCCCAUCUCCGAGAAGGCCAAGGACCUCAUCCUCAGGUUUUGCUGUGAAGAGGAGCACAGGAUUGGAGCGACUGGGGUGGAGGACAUCAAGGGCAACGCCUUCUUCGAAGGGGUGGACUACGACCACAUCAGAGAGAGGCCCGCUGCCAUUCCCAUCCAGAUCAAAAGCAUCGACGACACGUCCAACUUUGACGAGUUCCCAGACUCAGAUAUCCUCCAGCCAACGGCUGCCCCUGUGGUGUCUAACCAUUCUGAGGCAGACCUGAAGAACAAGGACUGGGUCUUCAUCAACUACACCUACAAGCGCUUCGAGGGCCUCACAGCCCGAGGGACCAUCCCCUCCUACAUGAAGACAGGGAAGAGAUGAAUAAUUUCUUUGUUCACUCACUCACUCUACCUGCUCCUCAGACUGGCAUUCAAAAGGAAUACACCAUGGAGCCCACUGACCACUCCUCUAGCUCCAAAAGACACUAAAUUACCCUUGUUUUGGGCCCUUCCUGCUGAAGGGAUGUUCCUCCUUCCCUUGCAUGGGACUUGUUGAAGGGCUCUGUGUAGAGAAGUGUGGCCUACUCUAGUCUGUGUCGAUCUAAAAAAAAAAAAAAAAGUUCCCAUUAUACUGUCUGCAAGCUCAAUUCUUCAUGGAAUAAUUGUUUUUCUAUAUGGAAACUCACAUGCUGUUCCACCCCAGUAUUUAAUUUCCCAUAGCUUUUUUUCAAGUGGGAUCCACCAAAGAGCAGUCUUGGAGAUGUUAUUUCCCUAGUUUGGGGAACAUCUCUCAGAUCUCCACUAGCAUCGGUCCAACUUGGCCAAGACUGAUUCUCUAUGCUUCAUCAUUCCACAGGAACGAACCAAGAUACCAGCAUAACAGGUCACCCUUGGGGCCAGAGCCUGUUGUCACACCAGCGGACCACACUCAACUGGCUAUACCCGCAUUCCUUCACUUUUCCCGUCAUAAACGGGCUUUGAAGUCUUAGCGGAGCGGCCAAUUAUCAAGGUCCUGGGAUCCAAUAUGCCUCGCUUUUCUGUCAAAGGGCUAGCUUUUCUCUCCUCAGUCCUUUUUCAACAAGAGAAAAAUGCUCCACACACAAUCGAGUUCUCCAUCUUUAGAAAUUAGGUCCCCCUAUUAAAACUAUUAGAAAUGGAGUGUCAUUUGACGGGAACUAAUGAGAUUUUAGUAAGCUCUCUGAAGCAUCUUGGGUGCUAGGCCUUCCGACAGGUUGUCUGUUGCAACAAGGCACCUCUUAACCAAAGAGAUUAUUAUUUUAGGGUUUCAAUGUAAUUGCUUUGUCCCCAUGUAAUUGUCACUUCAAUACCAUCAAUGGUAGAGCUGUUUUUAUACAUGGAUUUAUGCAAGUGUUUAUAGCAAUAUAAUCACCUCUCUGGAAUAUGAUUCCAUUUGAAAUGGAACUACACCUCCCAGAAGCCCACUUGUUUAGAUUCAUUCUUGAUUUGACAAUCAUCCACUUUUGAAGGGUAGCAUUCAUGUUGUCCUGAGUUUUUAUUAUUCGCCAAUAAUCUGUUAGUGCUAUAACUUUUUCUGGAUAUGCGACUCUGACUCUGUACUCUGACCCCAGGUUCGGAUCAUUCACGUCACCUUUCACGUCUUGUCUAUAGUUUCCUCUUGCUGUCGCUUGUUUUUUUUUCUUAGCAACUGAGCGUUGAGUAACAUUUUAAACAUUGCAUUUGUCUCAAGUUUUGUCAAGGAUAUGUCACCUGGAAGUUCCUUACUUUUCAAGAGGUGUGAGGGAGAAACUCUGACCUUAAUUCUACCCAGGGCUAUAUGUGACUGUCCUUAAAACAAAAUCCCAAAUGCUGUGUCAUUUGAAUCGAAUGUAAUCCCAAGGUGUAGUGGCAGAUUCAUUUCAUGCCAUGUUAAUUCCAAAAUGCUGAAUGGAAUGUAGCCACAGCCACCAUUAGUGGUAGGUUUCUGUCACUCAGGGAAGAUGUCAUCUGGUCUUUUCUUAAAUCCCUGUAUGGUGUUCUGGGUAGUUUAGAGUACUUGCUGAAAUUUAAUAGCCGGAUUAUUUAUUUUUUACAACUGAGCGACAGCUGAUUCGAGACUGGUCUCUAAUCAUUUUACUGAUGCUUGAUGUCUAAAUGAUUCUGUAAUGCUGGGUUUAAAAACUUUGGGCGGAUGAGGUGGGAAAGUGCAUAUGACUUUUUAAAUGAUUGUAUUGUUAAUUUAUGCUGCUUGGGGUGUGUGUGAUUUGCUUGUCUUCAGAGGAAUGGUUGAUAUGCUCAGUAAAAAUGAGAUGUUUGAUUAACCCACACUGAUAACUUGAGGUUAUUUUGUAGAUGUCACCUGUAUGCUGUUCUUUUUCCCCAGGCAUACGUGUGUGUGUGUGUGUGUGCCAGUCAACAGUUUGGACACCUACUCAUUCAAAGGUUUUUAUUUUUUACAAUUUUCUACAUUGUAGAAUAGUAGUGACGGCAUCUCAACUAUGAAAUAACACGCGAAAUUAUGUAGUAACCAAAAAAUGAGAUUCUUCAACGUAGACAUUCUUUGCCUUGAUGACAGCUUUGCAGUCUUGGCAUUCUCAACCAGCUUCAACUGUAAAUGCUUUUCCAACAGUCUUGAAGGAGUUCCCACAUGCUGAGCACCUUUCGGCUGCUUUUCCUUCACUCUGCGAUCCAACUCAUCCCAAACCAUCUCAAUUGGGUUGAAUUCAGCUGAUUGUGGAGGCCAGGUCAUCUGACGCAGCACUCCAUCACACUCCUUGGUCAAAUAGCCCUAACACAGCCUGGAGGUCCAUUGUCCUGUUGAAAAACUAAUUAUAGUCCCACUAAGUCCAUACCAGAUGGGAUGGUGUAUUGCUGCAGAAUGCUGUGGUAGCCAUGCUGGUUAAGUGUGCCUUGAAUUCUAAAUUAGUGUCACCGGUAAAGCACCAUCACACUUACUCCGUGCUUCACGGUGGGAACCACACAUGUGGAGAUCAUCUGUUCACCUACUCUGUGUCUCAAAGACACUGCGGUUGGAACCAAAAAUCUCACAUUUGGACUCAGACCGAAGGACAGACUUCCACUGGUCUAAUGUCUAUUGCUUGUGUUUUCCCAAGCAAGUCUUCUUGAUGUCCUUUUUAGUAGUGGUUUCUUUACAGCAAUUUGACCAUGAAGGCCUGAUUUCACACAGUUGAGAUGUCUGUUACUUGAACUCUGAAGCAUUUUUUUGGGGCUGUGAUUUGAGUGAGUGGUGAAGCUGGUAACUAAUGAAUGUAUCCUCUGCAGCAGAGGUAACUCUGGGUCUUCCUUUCCUGUGGUGGUCCUCAGAGCCAGUUUCAUCACAGCGCUUGAUGUUUUUUUCUCUCAACUGCACUUGAAGAAACGUUCAAAAUUCUUGGUGUUCUGUAUUGACUGACCUUCAUGUCUUAAAGUAAUUAUGAACUGUUUCUCCUUGCUUAUUUGAGCUGUUCUUGCCAUAAUAUGGACUUGGUAUUUUACCAAAUAGGGCUAUCUUCUGUAUACCACCCCUACUUUGUCACAACUGAUUGGUUCAAAUGCAUUAAGAAAUUCCACAAAUUAACUUUAACGAUGCACACCUGCUAAUUGAAAAGCAUUCCAGGUGAAGCUGUUUGAGAGAAUGCCAAGAGUGUGCAAAGCUGUCAAGGUAAAGGGUGGCUACUUUGAAGGAUCUAAAAUAUAUUUUGAUUUAACACUUUAUUUGGUUACUACAUGAUUCCAUAUGUGUUAUUUCAUAGUUUGUCUUCACUAUUAUUCAACAAUGCAGAAAACUGUAAAAAAUAAACUCUUGAAUGUGUCAACUUUUUGUGUGUGAAUAUUUAAUCAUAAGUAGGGGGUUGUAAUUUAAUGGAUGUGAAUAUUUGACAAUGAAUAACUAACCCUGCA